CUCACACACACGAGUAAGCUCACACGCUUUCUCGCUCUCUCACACCACACACACACAUACACACCAUUGCACUUUCUCCGACCAGAAUUGUGGGCUGAGGGCUAGGUGUGGAGGGUGGGAUGGAAACAGAAGAGCAUUAAAAGCUGUGGAGGUAUGAAUGUGUCAAUCAGAGAGACCCCAACCAGCACUGCUCAGCUGAAUCAUGAUGAAUCUGUACCAUGGAGUCUUCAUCUGCAUGGCAUUGUGCUUUUACUGCAGCGCUGCAGACUGGCCCCCACACUGCUGUCUGAAAACACCAAGUAAAAGAAUACCUGUCAACAGAUUAGUGAAUUAUACAAUCCAGACUACAGGACUUUGCCCUAUCAAUGCAAUUGUUUUUAAGACUGUGAAAGGACGAAAGCUGUGCAGCAAUCCAGACUUGGACUGGGUAAAACAAGCUAUGAAGAAAAUAGACCAGAGAAAAGAAGAGAACACAGAGACCAGCUCUGGACCAGCAACCUCUACAAAACCCAAAAACGGACCAAGAAAAUCCAAUAAAAGGAAGGGAAAGGGGAAGAAUAAAAAAAGGAGACAAAAUAAACAGUAAAAUUUUGCUUCAGUUUUAAUUCUAAAAAUGCAGUUUUCUGAAUGCUAUUUAACUUAAAUUCUGGAAACAUUACUGUAUAAUGUUUAUGCUCUUCAAAUUCCUUCAGACUGCCUGCUAUUAUUGCUAUGAUUUACUUUAUACAUAAGCUAUUUGCUUGACAGUUAGAUCUGUAAUUGUAUAGAUAUGGUUUAAUAUGUGUGAUAAAUUGGGGAGCACUUUUUAAUAAGUUUUAGCUUACCUCAUUAACUUUCUUCUUUCAUUUAUACAGUAUAACUGAUGUGUAUUAGAACUGCUGGCAACCGUUUAUGCAAAGAUUAUUUGCACUCUUAGAUACUU